CACUCUAAAUCUGCCGACUCCUAGGAUCUCCAAUCCUCACGGGUCAACUGAUCUCAAAUCAGUCGACUCACCCCAACUCGAAUGCUGCCGCCCCCUGAGCUCAAAGCUUCCCUCUUUCCGCGAAGAUGAUCGAAGCACGAUCACUGGUCGAAACUACGGCGACCCGGUUCGCGAUACUAGCCUUCCAGCUCGUCUCGAUCGUCUGUUUCGGAGCUGAGGCCAGGUGCAGACAUGGCUGCGAGCUGGCCGUCGCCUCGUACUACGUGUGGGAGGCGUCGAACCUCACUUACAUUAGCACCCUCUUCAACAGGCCAGUCCCCGAGGUGCAGCGCUACAACCCCGGCGUCUCCGGCGGGGACGUCGUCGACGUCGGGACGCGGGUCAACGUGCCCUUCGCCUGCGGCUGCCUGAACGGCGACUUCCUCGGCCACACCUUCACGUACGUGUUCCAGUCGGACGACACGUACGAGGAGGUCGCGAGGUUCAGGUACUCCAAUCUGACGACCCUGGAGUGGAUGGUCCAGGUCAACGAGUAUGACCCCAACCGGAUACCGGACGGUGCGACGAUCAACGUGACGGUGAACUGCACGUGCGGGAACCGUCGCGUGUCCAGGAGCUACGGGGCGUUCACGACGUACCCGCUCCAGCCGGGGGACAACUUGUCGGGGUUGGCGGCGGAGUCGGGCCUGCCCGCCCGGUUGCUGGCUUACAACCCGGGUUCGAACUUCAGUGGAGGGACGGGGCUGGUGUUUGUGCCAGCUAAAGAUCCAAGUGGGAACUAUCUGCCGUUGAAGUUAAGCAAAGCCAUCGCCAGUAUAUCAAUUGCAGGGGUAGUGGCAAUUGCGUUGGCCACUUUUUGUCUCUUCACUGGUUUCUAUCGAAUGGAGAAGGUGAUGGAGGCAUUGGUUCUUUCGAAAGCAUCUGAUGAGAGCGAUUUCAAACACGGACAUGGGCAUUCAGGUUCAGAAGAAAAAACCUCGGAAUCGGAGCUUGAUGCUGGUGCUUCGCGUAAGCUCUCAGGUAUCACAGUAUACCAAUCUGUAGAGUUCUAUUAUGAGGAGCUAGCCCAGGCUACAAAUGGCUUUAGCGCAACUAAUGUUAUAGGGAGAGGUGGCUCUGGAUCUGUCUACUAUGCCGAACUGAGAGGCGAGAAAACUGCUAUCAAGAAGAUGGAUAAGCAUGCAUCAAAGGAAUUCCUCACGGAAUUGAAGGUUCUGACCCGUGUUCAUCACUUGAACCUGGUACGCUUAAUAGGGUACUGCAUUGAAGGUUCCUUGUUCUUGGUCUACGAGUUCCUCGAAAAUGGGAGCUUAUGUCAACAUUUGCGUGUCUCUGAGAAGAAGCCAUUGCCGUGGUCCGCUAGAAUGAACAUUGCCCUGGAUUCUGCAAGAGGACUCGAGUAUAUCCACGAGAACACUGUCCCGGUCUACAUACAUAGAGACAUCAAAUCGGCGAACAUUCUGAUAGACAGGGACUUUCGGGGGAAGGUUGCGGAUUUCGGUUUAUCGAGACUGACUGAGUACGGAAGUGCUUCUUCAUACAGUCGUCUUGUGGGUACCUUUGGAUAUAUGUCGCCAGAGUAUGCUAAAUAUGGUGACGUCUCCCCCAAAGUAGAUGUAUAUGCUUUCGGGGUUGUGCUCUAUGAACUCAUAUCUGCUAAACAAGCUGUUGUAAAGAUGGAUGGAACUACGAGAGAAGCAAAAGGACUUGUUGCUUUGUUUGGGGAUGUUCUAAACCAGCCUAAUCCGAAAGAUAGCCUCUUUAAACUUGUCGACCCCAGGCUGGAUGAUGAUUACCCACCGGACUUAGUUUAUAAGAUGGCCACCAUUGCUAAGGCAUGCACCCAAGAAAAUCCUCGACUUCGACCGACCAUGAGGUCGGUAGUGGUGGCGUUGACGACACUUUCUUCUACUGGAGAUGAUUGGGACAUCGGUUCCCUCUGUGAAGCCCAUUCUUCCAUCAGUCUUAUGUCAGGAAGGUAGUAGCUAGAGAGGCACCUGAGGGGAAAAAAAAAGGCAUGCUGAAUGAACACGAGCCCCAAAAUUGUGUGCUGUUGGAAUGAACUGUCCUCUGUGAACAUUGUGUCGAGCAGCAUAGGCUAAAUCCCUUUUCCUGGGUUUGUCUUUGUCUCCGGAUCAAAUGUAGCUCAAACCGGAAGUUUGAGUUGCCACUGUAGAGAAGCAUAUGCCAUAUUACUCAGAUCAGGAUUAUAGACUAUAUUAAGUAGGAUGAUAUUGGCUUGGCCUGAAGAGACUAAAAGGUCAAUAGUGUUUCGCUCUGUCAAUAGGUGUUUAUGCAGUAGAAAGGUAGCAGAAUAUAUGCUUGCCUUGCUUUAUUCAUCUUGGCACUUUACCAGUUUUAUUGUAAGCCUAUUUUAAUUGUUAGUCAUCAUGAUUUGCUU